CCAGGUCCUAAGUCACUGAAGGACAAAAUAGCAAUCGUUGGAGGAGGACCAUCUGGCAUUCAUAUGGCUUAUAAACUUAAGAAAGCUGGAUUUAAAAAUGUCGUUGUGUUCGAGCAAGGAAAAGACGUAGGUGGAAAAUCGAGAACUAUAUAUCACCGAGGUGUUCCGCAGGAGUUCGGGACAUGCUACGGGCAGCCAGACUACGAGAAAAUAUACGAUUUAAUCCGAGAACAUGACGCUGGAGACAUCCUACCUAUGCCUGGUCCAGACAUGUGGGUUGAUACCCCGGCGGGUAAAGUACCACUUACGACAUCUCAGUACUACGCUCUAGAAGCCCGAAAGUUGAAACCAGACCUGGCCAAUGGUACUGAAGGUAUAUUUUUCCAGUCAGCUGUUCAAAAAUACAUUGGCAUACAUAGAUCACUGUUCGGAGAAUAUGAGGGGAUGUUAAUGCCACGCCCAAAUCGUACCGUAUUAGAUGCUACGGAUAAGAAUUUCUUGAAAUUCUUACAAGAACACGACAUCGAGAUCUUAAAGGCGCUUUUCUUACCUGCUGCGACGAUGCAAGGCUAUGGUCACGUGGACGAGAUUUCGGCAUUAUAUGCAAUGAUGUGGUUGACGCCUAACUUCCUGUUAGGGUUGUUGCAACGAACUAAUGGAGAGAGCAACAUCAAAAUCGUCAGCAAGGGUUUUCAGUUUCUUUGGAAGGAAAUGACACGACAGAACAAUCUAGAUGUCAGACUAAAUAGUCAGGUUAUUGGAAUCAUACGAUCACGAAAGGGGUUCCGAAUAAUCUAUAAGGACUGCAAGUUUUGGCGUCUUGAAAAAUUUGACUUUCUGAUUUUGACGCCAACUAUGAAAUCAUUGUCAAACGUGAUAGCGUUUAACGAUGAAGAAAACUCACUAUUUCAAAAGACUUUCGGUUACUAUUUCAUUACAACUCUAGCUGAUACGACAUACGGGAGACGAAGUGGGGCUCCCACAGGUUACUAUGCUGACAAUAUAAAGGGUAAAAUUGACAAUUUUGCCUGGGGAUUUCGUGACUCGUAUGCGUCUUUGAAUGAUAUCGUUGGUACUAAUUACUCAAGCGGCGUAUAUCCUGGAGGUACUGACGGGAAGAAAAUACAGUCUUCCAUAUUUUAUCAAAUGCCACAGUCCAGACCAGACAAAAAAAUCGCUAGAAGAAUGUUACGGGAACACAUCAGGAGCGUGCAUCAGGCUCGAGUACUAAAUCUUGAGAAACAGAUAGUGUGGGACUACUUUCCAAGGUACUCUGUGUCUGAUAUGGCGACCGGGAUAUUAUGGGAUAUAUUUGAUAUGCAAGGAAAGUAUGGAAUUUGGUAUAUAGGAUCUUCAGUAUCGUAUGAAUCCCUUAACGGGGUCAUAGGUUACAAUAAUUUGCUUUUGAAGCACGCGGAGUUGCCCAGAAAGUAA